UAAUGGAUUGUUAAUGGGUCUCAUCACUUAAAUGUGCAGUACGUUUUGCCUCCUCUAUUUUCCCAAGCCAAUACAAUAUUCUGUACAGCUGUCAGUGUGCACUAACUACAAAUUCUUUGAAUGGGUUAAAUAUAGUAAAAUAUAGCUUUGCAAGCCGAAGCAUAAGGGGAGUGCCAAAUCAUUUCACGUGUAAUAGAAAUGACAACCGGACGGAAGGCAAUGCUUCAAGACAAUGUCUUUGGUCCAAAGGGAGAACGCUUGGUCCACGUUUUGCCAAUUCAGGUAUCUGAAGAAAAUGAAGAUUACUGCUUGUGCAUUACAGUCACCAGAGACGAGGAGGUAUAUAUUACUUUUAUGAAAAUCAUGAAUAAAGGCCUUAAAGAGAUGUACAUGAUUCAGGAUGUCUGGUACCUGGAAGAUCUAACACUGGUAGAUGGAAAAGAUGCAACCUCAGAUAACCCACACCUCGACCUACAUUUUCAAACCGUCUGCAGCUGGGAAGCUAGUAGCACUGCUGCCAAGUAUGCUUUUGUAAGAAGCUUACGAAAAGUGAAUAAAGUCUACCUGCAAAAGGAUAUUCAGUUUCUGAACUUUGACAGCGAUUUUAUCCAAGAAAUGAAUUUCUUUGGUGUACCGGAGGACACACUGUUGGUGAUACAACUGUGCUUACAAGCCUUCAACUGCAUCUGCCUUCUGGGUUCUUUGUAGGGAGGUGUUGUAUAUAUUCUAUGGCUGAAAUUUCCAACAUUACCAUUUAGCACAGUAUUAAAAAGUAUUUUGCCAGAUUAACAAAAUAUUAUUUCAAUAAACCAUGCUUCUUACAGUCAGAAUGUGAGCCAUUGAUAGUCUUUAACUGAACUGAAAGCAGAAAGAUAUAUUAUUUUAAAGCCUCAAAAUAUACCCUUUCAUAUUGGAAUUAAAAUCCAACAAUCCAGGCAUUGUUCUUGCUAAAUCUAGAGCCACAUUAUUUGCCAUAUAUCAGCUUGGUAGAUACAUACUAUGACAAUAAUGAGUAACAGCACCUCGCCUUUUUACAUGUGGGGUAUGUGCUUGAAAAACAGCUCGUAAUUUAAAAAUGCGUAAAUUAAACCUAU